GUAUAAAACUCGACCUCUUACUUCUGUCCUGCCCGCAGCCCUCCAAACUUCAUUUCACAUUUCACCCACCAUGACUACCCCCAUAACUCGUACGCACGGUGUCAAGCUCAACCCCCUCUUUACUGGUUCUUCCAGCGGGGAGCGCUAUCAUGCACAAGUCCCCAUAGAAUGGGAUGUGCGCUACCGUCCAACGCGUUCCGCAGAAAUAAGAAACACGCCUCUGUUGUCAUCCCACCUGUCACAAUUUGCAACUAAUCCCCCUAUUCCAAAGUUGCGCCUUGUCUGUGACUUAUUGUUCCCUGAAUGGGAGAUAGUAGCCCGUAACCCAACCGGGGUGACAGUGCAGGAUGUGCUCGAAGCGAUUUAUGAGACACUCCACCAGCUUCUGCGGGUGCAUGAGUGGGAGGGCAUGUCGCUCAAGCAGCGCAGCCGGAUUGAAGAUAUACACCGCGUGCGAUGCAGGGCGUCUUUAUACCCCGAAUACACACGUUCAGCGGGUGUCCGCCGAGCGGACUGUCUGCUCUCAACGACCAUGUUCGCUGGACUGACCUCGUUGGUCAGGAGGAGAGAGCAGUGGCAGGUGGUCCUCACGCUGUCACGCGAUUUCAGACCCCGCGUCCCCAAUUAGCAUAUUCUCUCAGCAGCGCUGAUGAGAGCGUGGCGAAUUGAUUUAUGGAGAUUCAAUUAUGAACUAAUUUGCUGACCUGCAGUUUUAUCUUACUAUGCCAGACUCCUCCUCGACUCGUCAGGUGUGUGUUGUUAGUGUCCCAGCAUCGUGUAUAUUUUGUUCUACGUAUGCGUUAGCGUUAUCGCGCGCGUGUAUCACUUUCGAAUUCUGUACUUAUAGCCUCUGCACUUAUAGCCUUGUAUUGUUCCCCGAGUCAACGUAGAACGUUGAAGUAGUACUUUUACUGUAGUUUGUCGACACUGGUAUGAUUGACGAUAGGAAUUUGAAAUCAGAUAUGAUUUGUUUCUUGA